UGGGGAAGAGGAAGAGGACGGAGAGAGAGAGAGAGAGAGAGAGAGAGAAGCAGAACUUAAGACGAAAAGGGGAGACCUCUGAAUGCCGGAAAACUCAGACUGGAGAAUCGGAAAUUGAAAAAUGGGUGCGUUUUUGGAUAAACCUAAAACAGAGAAACAUAAUGCACAUGGUGCAGGAAAUGGCCUCCGUUAUGGCCUCAGCAGUAUGCAGGGCUGGAGAGUAGAGAUGGAAGAUGCUCACACAGCUGUUGUCGGCAUUCCUCAAGGUUUGGAAUCGUGGUCCUUCUUUGCAGUGUACGAUGGUCAUGCAGGCUCUCGAGUGGCAAACUACUGCUCAAAGCACUUACUUGAACACAUCACAGGCAAUGAAGAUUUCAGGGGCACAAACGUGUCCACGUAUCCCUUUGAACCUACCAUAGAAAAUGUCAAGAAUGGUAUCAGAACUGGAUUUUUGAAAAUUGAUGAGUACAUGCGCAAUUUUUCAGAGCUGAGAAAUGGCAUGGACAGGAGUGGGUCAACGGCUGUGGGAGUGAUGAUAUCCCCAGAGCACAUAUACUUUAUCAACUGUGGCGACUCAAGAGCUGUUCUGUACAGAAAUGCACAGCUUUGCUUCUCAACACAGGAUCACAAGCCUUGCAACCCAAGGGAGAAGGAGCGAAUCCAGAAUGCAGGAGGCAGUGUAAUGAUACAGCGAGUUAAUGGGUCACUAGCAGUAUCACGAGCGCUGGGGGACUAUGAUUACAAAUGUGUCGAUGGGAAAGGGCCUACAGAACAGCUGGUAUCUCCUGAGCCUGAAGUAUAUGAGAUUCUUCGAGCAGAAGAAGAUGAGUUUAUUAUACUGGCAUGUGACGGCAUUUGGGAUGUGAUGUCCAAUGAGGAGCUCUGUGAGUUUGUAAGGUCUAGACUAGAGAUAUCUGAUGACCUUGAAAAAGUCUGCAACUGGGUGGUGGACACCUGCUUACACAAGGGAAGUAGAGACAACAUGAGCAUUGUAGUAAUUGGCUUCCCCAAAGCUCCUAAGAUCUCGGAAGAGGCAGUGAAGAAAGAUGCUGACCUGGAUAAAUACCUGGAGUCACAUGUUGAAGAAAUCAUGGAGAAACCCAGUGAAGAUGGAAUACCUGAUCUGGUUCAUGUGAUGCGGAGUCUCUCUAUGGAGAACAUCCCUAAUCUACCCCCAGGAGGUGGCCUUGCAAGCAAACGCAGUGUGAUUGAAGCCGUUUAUAAUAGACUGAAUCCACACAGGGAUGAUGAUGGGGGUUCCGCAGAACUUGAAGACCCCUGGUAGUUAAAUAGGCUAGAAUCGCUAAGAAUGUCCUGGUUUGAAAUAUGGAAGAAACCUUCGUUCACACAACUUUUAUUUACUACAAGGGAAAUUAAAAUCCAAAGGAUCUUCUUUUAAAGGCAUUUUUUUUUUGUUUUUGUUCAGAAGGGCAGGAGGAAUUGUUAGAAAUAUACACCAUUUGUUUUUUUUUUAAUAUUCUAAUAUUGCCACUCUCAAGCAUCUUCUUGUAACAGUAUUUUGUUGACUGCCUCAGGUGUGCUGAUUACAUUUGUACCCAACUUUUGCCUGACGGCAUGGUAACGUGUUAGCAGAUGUAAUAAAGUACUUGAGGUGCAUGGAUUUUUUCAUUUGGAAGAUGCACUAAGUACUAUUAAUUUAAACCUAACUCACCAGACAUGAGCAUGUACAAAUUGCUGUAUAAGGCAUUACUUGAUUGCAAGGUUCAAGGAUGAGAGCUUCUGCACCUAUCUCAGGCCCAGAGGGAACAUGCAGUAAGCAGAAUGCUGUAGAAAUUUUAUUUUGUGUAAUACUUCACUUCAAUUUCUGCUGUACUACCAAAUACUUGGUUUCUCUGCUGUGUCAGAAAUGCAGUAUAUGUUACCUACUGCUUGCUUGAAGAUAACAUUGCAUUUGGCAAUAAAUAUAGCAGAUGUAUGGUAUUCCUUUAUGAUUUUAAAGCAUGUGUAGAUCUUAAGCUUUUGCUAAGCAGAACCUUUGGAUAAAUUGAAUAGAUUAAUUUAUGCGUGUAUGUCAAUUCAUUUGCUUCAGACAACCCACUCAUUAUUGCAGAAGUUGAAAAUAUCGCUAUAAAAUUUGCCUUUCUCACUUAUGAUAUUGUAAAUUGUGAUUUUUGUUCUACAUGUGGUUUUCUAUUAUAGUAUUAUCAUUGAUUUGUUUCAGCAGAAAGAGACAGCCUUAUGUAAACUGGGGUAUAGUUUUGCAAAAGAAUUGUUUGCAUUUACAAAACUAGAGAUCACAUAGAUUUAUAAAAGCAAUUUAAAAAUAUUCUAUUCUGAAUUUGAGCUUGAUGAAAGAUGCUUCUUAAAUUUUGUUUUGUGAUCUUUCUUUCAUUCAUUGUGGAAUGGGCAUGGUACAGAGUGGCUGUCAUUUAAGGUACUUGAAGAUUUUAGUUUGACUUAUAUUUCUGCAAUAAUAUAAUUUUACUAAGUAAGUUUGAGUUAUGCAUGUAUUAAAGUCCAGUUUAAGGUGAUGUUUGAGGGGAAGGGGAAUCUGAGCAGCAUUGAAGGCAGUAAGAGCAAUGAAUGUAUCCAUCUGUACACAAAAAAGCGCUGUGAAUGCCUUGUACGAUUUAAAUAAUGCAGCUAAUACUUUUCCCUUCCUGUCAUAUUCAGUAGUCUGUUAAUGGUGUGUUGUAGAGGAUGUGCAUUGCCCUUGUACGUGGUUGAAACAUACUAAUGAGUGAUGCUGAUUGGACUUAUAUAAAAUGGAAUCGUUGCAUUUCUCUAACUUUUAUUUUUUUUCCCUCAUUAAGUCCUUAUGCUGGAAAGCUGCCUAUUACCAUACAUCCUUGAGCACUGGUGCCUACAACCAGCUUCCCCAAUCGUUUUGGUUCAUUGUGUAGGUAUGAUUCUUUGCCUAGAGAGUAUGAUUUUUGCCACAGUGUUUUUAUUUAUUCACUAGAUUUUAGCCAAGUCAAUGAAAAUUGUCCUGAAGAAUAUGAUCUGACCAGGUGUUUGACCCUUUGUUGAGAUUAUAGGGUUGUUUUAGGAUAGGGGGUGAAGAGUGCACAUGUGGUUUCUUAGUGUCCACAAACUGUCCACUCUGGCCCUUCCCUGUACUGACUGACUAUAGUAUGUUCCCUGUAUGAUAUUUGUGAUGUUUCAUACAAUACAGUGAUCAUAACCACCUUGUUAUCUUCAAUAAAGGAUUGCUAAAUGCAUUGUGGCUUUUGUAUUUACAGUUUGUAUUAUGUAUAUACUGCUCGAGAGAAUAAACCCCAUCUAUGUUUUGUAUUCUUAUCAGUCGUAUUUACAAUAGAAAAAAAAGCUAGUUCCUGUAAUACUUUAAGGCUUUUUUUGCAUUAUGUGACUAGUUUUUAUGUGACUACUAUGGGUUUUAAAAAUUAUACAUUUUAAAAUGGAACAUUCAAAUUCACACUGCACAUUUUGGCUUCUGUUAGGUAACCGGACUCUGAAUGUAUCUGAGGUAUUCCAUACUGCAAAAAAGUUUGGUUUAAAAUGGUGGAAUGAUUUUUUUCAUAAUGCUAUCCAUUCUGAGAUGAAAAUUCAGUAAUUUUGUCUCACAUGUAAUUUUUUUUAACUUCUUGUUCGAUUUAGUACUCUGCAAUAAUGUAAUUGGUAAUGUAUUUAUAAAUGUUUUCAAAACUGUAUGUGAACAUAUUAGCUCAUCUUGCAAUCAAAAAAUUUCUCCUUAGAAUCAAGGAUUCAGUUGGCCAUUCAGAUCAUCUGUGUACUGAGUAUGUAAUUGCCUUUGUGCUUGUAGACAUGGAACACUUCUUAAUGUUUAUGGGUACUCCGUUCAUUUCAAAAUCUAUCUUCUGUUCAACCUUUCCUAAAACUAUGUAUGUUCUAGAGUACACAUACCUUAGGGCAAAGAUUGAAGCGAUAAGUAAACUGUCAUCAAUGUGACCAAUAAAAAGAGUGCAAGUCUUGAAGUUC